AUGCCCCGCCCAGCCGACACCUACACACACGAUCAGGGGCACCUCCAGAAUUGCCCUGAAUACGUGGCGUGGAGGGCGGCUGGAAAUGGUCAAGAGUUGGCCCCAACAAACCCAUACAACGCCACUGGUAGGAGAGCUUUCGCUGAGUCUUACGGCUUUGACAAUUCGAAUCUCCUCCAUCUGGGACCAAAUCCAGAAGUCCCUACCAUGCAACGGAUACGAUCAACGCUUGACAUGAGCAAGUACUUUGACGAGUUCUUUGAUGAUAGUCUUGAUCACAAGUGCGCAAGAGUCCGAUGCAGAAGUUGUGGCUUCGUCCGAGCGAAAAAUGCAACUCGUCAAGCAGAUCACUUGAUGCAAUGCAAGGAUUUUAUUGCGACAACUGAGGGGGAAGAACUUCUGGCAAGUGGAAGCCUGGUUCACAAUGCGCAGCAACAGCAACCUCCCGCGAUAUGGAAUGGUGCAAGACCACACCCUGAUCUCAUGGUCCGUCGUCUCUCGAAUCGUCCUCCGAGUGCAACGAUGUCAGUCGGACAUCAUCCACGGCCUUCGCCAUCUCGUACAUCUCAACGUUUAGAACCGCCUUCGUUGGCCCAACACUUGCUUGGCCAAUCUGAGAAUGUAUUGACCAAUGCUGUUCAACAUAGCUUCUUGGCACAUGCAGGCUCUGGAUCGCUGAGUGAGAAUGCCUUCAAUCAAUGGCUGGCCCAGAUUGGAUACAUCUCGCGAUCACUUGUUCCUUUCACUGGAGCGCUAAUAGGCAAGAUCCGUAUACCAGAAACUGCAAACCUGGAACACGACUCAACAUUUCGGUGUUUAGAUUUGCUUUGCUCUGCCGUAAGCAAUAUGAAGAAAGAGCUGGAAUUCCUUGAAGCUACUAAGCACGAGUAUGGACUUGAAGUGGGCUUGGAUGAACCGAGACCGGCUACCAAAAGCUUCAUCGAUCUGUUCAACAGCGCAUCAUGUGCGUCUGCCACGUUACUUGAGGGCAUGGUAUUGCUAUGGGCUGUCGAGAUUCUUGCCGUCGAGCGCAUCUCCAAGCGCAUAUAG